UUUUAUUUUCAUAUUUGGUAUUUCCACUAAUUGAAUGACAAUUCUGCCAAUAUAUAUUAGGACCCAAACCUUAUUAUUCAUGACAGAAGCACAAGGCUAAGCUUAGUUGCCACAACUACCUUUGUUCAGUUACUCAGAAGAUGUAUCCUGCAGUACAUGAUUAUGAGACAUAUGCCAGUGAACAUGGUCCAGGUCCUGUCCUGGCUUCAGGAAUUCCAAAUACAAGUCCCACACGACCGUAUGCUCCUCCAUAUGUAUCCCCCGGCAUGAGUGCUCGUGUAGUUGCAGGGAAGUGGUCUACUGGUCUUUGCUAUUGUUGUGAUAAUCCUGGAAAUUGUUUUAUUACUUGCUUCUGCCCUUGUGUCACAUUUGGACAGAUUGCUGAGAUAGUAUCCAGAGGUUCUUCAAAUUGUGCUGAAAGUGGCAUACUCUAUGGGCUUCUGGGUCUUACUGGUUUUGCAUGCUUGUACUCAUGCUCUUAUCGUUCAAAAUUGAGGGCGCAAUACGACCUGGAAGAGGCACCUUGUGUAGACUGCUUAGUGCACUUCUUCUGUGCUACCUGUGCUCUGUGUCAAGAAUACAGAGAGCUCAAGAGUCGUGGGUUUGAUAUGGGGAUAGGCUGGGAAGCCAACUUGGAUAGACAACGGCGUGGAAUUACAGUAGCUCCAAUAGUGGCACCAGGCAUGAGAAGGUGAAAGGAAAGGCUAAAGGCCCUUGCUGCUGAUUCCUGCUACUUGUUUGUUUGCUUAUAUGCUAUAUGUUGUGUGCAGUGUUUGCUUUUGUUAUUCUCGUCUGAGAAGAAAAGAAAAAAGGAAUUUGUGCCACAAAUGUAGCAGGAGCAAAAAAUUUAUUUAAUUUUAUGGUGUUCUCAUAGAAUUCAUAUGUUUUUUAAAGUUCA